AUGUCUAAUAUUAUACUUUGCUGCCUUGUUUUUGGUGACCCUAUUGAACAUGCCUUUACAGUAAAGAUUGAUAGGGAUGAGACUAUUAGCGAGCUUAAAGAGAUUAUCAAAACGAAGAAACAGAACGCAUUCUAUAAUGUUGAUGCUAAUGAACUUGUCCUCUGGAAAGUCAAUGUUUCUCUCGACAAACAGGACGAUACCCUUCUCAAAAAUGCUUCCGUCACCGACCUCAAAACAGUGCUGAAUGGAGAGAAGUUGCUCCCAUUGUUCAAAAUUCGCAAAGCAUUUCCUAAUGAGCCUGAUGACGAACACAUUCAUGUAAUUGUUCAGCAUCAUCAUAAGCAACCUGAGACGUUAAUCACAGUUGUAGAAAAGAUCAACGAACUAGAGAAAAGAUUAGACUUAAUGCGAUCCAGCUUCGUUGUCGGAAAAUUCGAAGCCGAAGAAAUUUCUACCAAGUUUAUCAAGUUUUCCGAUGCCAAUCAAGUAGAGCGUUGGCAAAUAUCAUAUGAAAGUUCUGCAGCAUUGUGCUUUCGCGAUCGUUAUGGUCAAGGUGAUAAAAGAUACGCUAUGUGGAACAAUCAAUAUAAAGACCUCUAA